AGUAAGUUUUGGUUAGCACGGCUACAGAGCAUAGAUUUAAGAAGCUCAGUGUGCACCGUCGGCUGAGUUCGGCGAUCUAUUUAUUGCCGAUGCUGCGCAAAAUAAGUAUACAAGUAUACAUAGUACACGGGUCGGCUAUUGCAUUGCUUUCUUGCAUAAACUUCGCACUGACUUACUACAUAUCCGUGAAUAUGAGCAACGUUUACAAAAAUGAAGUGGUCGCCAUUAGUCUGACAGCAUAAAAACCGUAACGCUGAUUGGUGGACAGGUUUCGGCGCCGCGAAGGACAGCCAAUAAGAUUAUCUCUCUGCAAGUAAACACAGCAUGGAAUUGAAUUAGGCAACAAUGGGUUAAAGCAAUUGCUAAAGUUGUAAAUAAAAUGUAAUGCGCAUCUAAAGAACUUUAUUUAAUCGUUAUUGGAUCUGGACCGUUCACAAUUUCACACAAAAGGGGGCUGUUUUAGGACGUACAGCGGAGAUACCUAAAAGUAGGCCGCAUGUAGGCUACUUGCGCUUGGAUAUACGGACAGGAACAGGAAGAUUUGUUUCGUGAGCAAGCUGCCGAGGUAACUAUCCAGCUAGCUACUUUUACAUGAUCUAGCUGUAUUAUUAUUAUUUUUUAUAAAGACUCAUAAACUGGAAAAAUACUAGUAAAGCAAUAAAUAUGAGCGAGCCCACGGACUGCAAGCAGCAGUCUAAGACCAACAAGCGAAGCGCAUCCCCGGAGCAGGGUUGUUCCUCACCGCCGGGGAAGGCAGCCAAAGUGCAGGAUGACAUUCAGGAAUUAGCGCUCGGCUCAAGCGGCUGUAGAAAUGGAGAAACUGUACCCAUUGAGGCAGGAGGCGAACGCGAACAUAGGGAGGCUGAAAUAGACAUAAAAGCAGAGGAACGGGACAAGAGCGCGCACACCAAAACAAAUUUCACCCCCAGUUCGACGGGGAGUGCAAAUGAGCGUCCUACAAACAGUAGCGGGGUUGCAGAGCCAGCCGCUUGCGGGGGUAGUGGGGAAAGUGAGAGGCCAGUGGAAAUAGCGGCCGCUGGAGCACCAGGACGCAGCAGCGUACUUCUUAAAGGGCCUGGGCAUGGAGCUUCGCAUCAGCAGUCGGAUUGGGCGGCUAUUGCAGCCGCGGAAGCGCUGGCGAGUUUAACUGGAGGUGACGGGGACAGUGAGAAGACAGAUAGGCCGCAUUCCGGUAAGAAAGCUGAAAUUGAUCAGAAGGAACCUGGGAAACGAGACACUCCGAAACCCGCCGAUUGUACAGACAGUCCUCAACGAGUAAAUUGGCCGAAAACUCGGGCAGUCGCGGCAGACAGCUCUACCUCAGUGCCUGAAGGGGGCGCUGUGCUGGGCACUGCUGAGACAGAGCGAGUAGACAGGUCGCGGGACACUGAGGAUGAAGACGAGGACGACGAGGAUUCUCUCCUCGGUUCCUCUUCUAGUCCGGACUUCUCCUCAGGCUCGGAAGACUGCACCGCUGAGGACGCAGAGUGCGCUAUUGUGUCGGUUAAAAUGGCCCCGGAGACGCGGCAGGCGGUGGCACAGCUGGCCCGGUUGCAGAUGCAGCUGGAGACGCUGGAGAGGAAAGGCGUCCGGCAGCACCAGCGCCUAGAGCUCAAACUGAACCAGCAGCGGCGCCCGCACCUGGACCAGCGUGGUGCGAUCAUCAAAGACAUCCCCGGUUUCUGGGUUACAGCUCUCCUGAAUCACCCCCAGCUCUCUGCUCACAUUGACGAAAACGACGAGGAUGCUCUCAGCUACAUGACCAACCUUGAGAUUGAGAACAAUGGGAUGGGCCAUAGGAUUGGGUUCCAUUUCAGACGGAACCCAUACUUCCAGAACAGUGUCAUCGUCAAGGAGCUCCAUCUUGCCUUGGGAGGUUCAGCCAUGUCCUUUUCCAACCCCAUCCUGUGGCACCGCGGGCAGAACCUGACCGCCCGAACCCGGCUGGUCAAAGGUCCUGGUGCCUUCCAGUCAUAUCCGAGCUUCUUCACCUGGUUCAGCGACCACAGCAGCCCUGAGAGGGAUGAGAUAGCUCAGAUUAUGAAGAAUGACCUGUACCGGAAUCCUCUCAGGUACUACCUGACCCCCAUGUGGGAGCCCCGACUGAAUGGCAGUGUGCCCAGGACGGCCAACAACAGCAAUAGCAGUGAUUGUGUGGUGAUAUCGGACUCGGACGACGAAGAUGAUGAUGGCGACUAUGAGGAGGAAGAGUCAGCUGUUAACCGAAGAGAGGAAGAACAAGAUGCAGGAAAAAGUUCAGAGGAGGAGGAUGAGGAAGUCCGGAUUGACGGGUCUGAGGAAGACGAGGAUGGAGAGGCAGACGAGGAAGAUGGCAUCACUCAGGGGAGGGAGGGGGAGGAAGACGAAGAUCUGGAUGUGGAAGAGCUGGAGGAGGCAGAGGGAUGUGGAGCCCCAGAGGCCACAGAGCAGGAGGAAGAGGAAGGGGAAGAAAGUUAAGACUUCCUGAAACUCCCCUAAUGUUUUACCCCCUUUCUUAUUUUACACCAGCUUUCCGUUUAGCACCUAAUUCUGGUUCGUGGAUUUUGUUGUUGUGCCCGUUCAGGAUUAGUUUUUGGUUUUUUUUUUUUUUUUUUGGUUUUUUUGUUGUUUUUUUUCCUAUUUUGGUACUUUUAGUCUAUAUUUUACUGCUUUCUGAUUCAGGGUAACUUUGAGUGUGAUCUUUUGCGAAUGCCCACAUGCUGCUGAACUCCUCCCUGGGGCUGCUGGGGAAAGCAAGCUGUGCUGUGAGCUUUCUGAUGCCCCGCAGGGCCUGUCCCUACCUGGGGAGCGCUUUUGUGCUGAUUAUUCUGCUGCUGAACAAUUGGGCCGAACCAGAACCAGAUCUGCAGCAAGACACGAAAAGUGAACGUUUACCGUUGAGUGGCAACUAAGUGCUUGAUUUAUUAAGACCUUCAGUAGUUGCUGAACCUUUUUUAGCACUCACAGAACUGACCCAACCAAUGAUUGAGUGAAUACCAUGGUCAUGUUAUUGGUUUUGCAUGUGCUAAGAGGUUUUGCACAUGCUAAAGGCCUUGGUAAAUCAGGCCCUAAGUUUUGCUUCCUUUUCCGCUCUGUUAUUGUUGUCAUGCUAUUUAUGAGCUGUGCAGUUUGCAGAAAAAUGUUGGUGAGAUAACUGCACUGUUCACUGUUGAGAAGCACAAUACAAAUGCUUCCAGAAAAAACAAACAACCCACCUACCCUUCGAAAACCGUUUGUGAGAUUGAUGUGCGUUUAAUGAGUGAGGUGCGUUUAGUGAGUGACCUGUGGUCCGUAUCACUGAGGUGUGUUUAGGGAAAGGUGUGUUUGGAGAGUUUAUAGCACAAGUGAGCUGUGUUUAGUAAGAGUGAGGUGUGCUUACUGACGUUUUCUUGGUGAGAGUGAGGUGUGAGUUGUGCUUAGUCCGAGUGAUGUGUGUUUAGAGAGUGCGGUGUGUUUGGAGGGAGUUUAGGGAGAGCGAGGUGUGUUUGGAGGGAGUUUAGGGAGAGCGAGGUGUGUUUGGACGGUGUUUAGGGAGAGCGAGGUGUGUUUAGUCCGUGCCUCUAAGGCAGCAGUCUUCAGAUCAUAGUUGGCGUUCUCAGGGAUUAAAAUGGAGUGGCACUCCCCUCCCAUGUGGGUCCAUUCAGCAGGCCCGGGUUUCUCUUCGCCUUGCGUUUCCAUGAUUGUGGGUUCAGGGUUCAGGGUGUCAGCGCAGAAACGUGUUCUCUCUUCGCCUUCAUGUGCGGUUGUGUUGACUUCUGCUUUUAGGGUUCACUUUGAGUCGUUCUAUUGUCAGUGUGCUUUCCUUCAGCUCUCUUUUCAGUUGCUUUGCUUUUUCAUUUUAACCCUUCAUUCUCCUUUUUCAGUUUGUAACUGUGUCUAUGCAUUUGAACUCAAACUGUUACUAUGAUUGAGUGACAGUCAUGGAUGAACACAAUUUUCAGGGUAAGACCAUUCUAAGUAAUAAGUAUUUAAAGUAACACUUUUAGUAUGUAAAACUCAAAAUAUUUUCACUUCUCAAAAGUGAUAGUUUUUUCAAUUUGGUGAUCAUUUUUGCAUAUUGGUAAAUAUGCAAACAACUUCUGCAGCUGCAACAUUGAAAAUGCAUUUGAUCUUGUAUAGUCACAAUCUCAUGUAAAUGUGAGUUACAGGUAUGUUUAUAAACCUAUUAACAUUUGUUGGCACAUUUCAGGAAGUACUGAAAUAAGAUGUCAUGGAGUUUAAAGAUUCAUUCUAUAAUUAUUCCCACAUGACCAUUCUUCUUAUGCUGACCAUAAAUGCUCGUGCACCAAUUUUUAAUUUUGCAUACAGUUUACCAUUUUCAAGUGGUGCCCUAUACUCUGUUGGUUAAUACUUAAAAAAUGGUCUUGAGAACAAGUACACUGAUUAUACAAUAAUUUUUCAUGUGUAAAUAUCUUAGCUGUUUUAUAGUUCACAUACAUUUUUGAACCACGGUUUAAUUUAGUAUUUUGAGGAAUUUAGUCUAAACCUUAAAGACACGGUAACUAAUUUAUCAUCUUGGUUGCCUGCUAUAUCAUCCACAAAGAUUUUUUGUUUUUUCUCCAAUGUGCUGUUUUUUUUUUUUUUUUUGGUAAGCCUUCACCAGUUGUGUAGGAAUAGCUUGGUGAGCACAAUAUAGCUUUGUGAUCCCAGUGUAUCUUAGCCAGUUAGGGACCCUGAUGUGGAGGUUUAGGAAAGGCUUGUGUUCUUUGCUUCACCCAGCUUCCCAUCCCUUGUCUAAAGGGAAUGCCUAAAAAAAUACACUUUCAAUGAGAAACUUCAUCUGCCUCUUCAUGGUGUUGCUGAACUGCAGUCUAUGUACAUAAUCCCUCUGAACUGGAUCCAGGCACAUCAAGACAAAGAUCACUGACACGGUGGGUAAGAUGGAACACUUGCGCCUCUUUUUUUCGGGCCUGGAAAUAAUUACAAUCCUGGCAGUGACCCGCUGCUUACUUUGCAUAAAAUCCCUCCUUGGCAUCGACUUUUUUAGUUGUUUUCCUCAUUUGAAAAUGGUGAUUGCUGUGAUGGGCCUGCAAAAACACCACACAGUCAAUUUGAUUCUGUUUUGGGGAUGUUGUCACUAGCCUACUGAUUCAUUUUAAUAUUACAACACCCUUUUUAUAAAGCAAAUUCUUUGUGAAUAUUUCAUCUUUCCCUUUGAAAACGGAUGAUAUUGUGUUUGAUAUUGUUAUUAAUAUGAAUAACAAUUUGGAAUUGGAAAGAAAGAUGUAUUUUGUGUGCAAUUUGAAAUUGUAUCUUUUGAUAACUUACGGGUAGUUUUGGAAAAUGAAAACUAUGUAAAGGGUUAAUUUUUGUGUCUUUAUUUCCAAAUAAAGAUGCGGAUGUCCCAAUUUUU